CUUGUUCAGAACAAAAAAGAAUGAAGCUGUCACUGUUGCUUGUAUUAUUCGUGAUCACGUGGUGUCUGAUUGACGAAUCGGAGAGUGCAUGGAGAAGACGCCGGUUUAGAAGAGUAAUCAGACGGGUUGCAAGACGAUUCGUCAGUCGGGUUGUAGGAAAAAGAAGCGUGGUGUCUGGUAGUUACUCACUACCCUGCGACUUUGCUGCUUGGGACAAGAACGCGGACGGGUAUGUUGAUUUGGAGGAGUUUUCUUCUGUAGCCUAUCCGUUUGUCAAAGAGGGAGAUUUAGAACCAGCCUUCCGAUCUAUGGAUAAGGACGAAAACCAACAAAUUUCGAAGACAGAACUUCACAAAGCUGAUUUAAUGUUUGGAAUAUGUUAGACAACAGUUCAGACAAAAAUAAAUAUUAUACUGUAUCAUAA